UAUUAAAUUUAUUCCCUCACAGGUGAGAGAAGCUAUGAUCCAUCUAUGUUCCACAACAGAGUAGAGAGGGUACUGAUUGAUGACCAUAAUGUUCCUAGACUAAGUCAGUUGUUAUAUUUUACACACAAUGUGAGGGAAUGGCUUGACAGAGAUCCAAAGAAUGUUAUUGCGGUACAUUGUAAAGGAGGAAAAGGCAGAACAGGGACUGCUGUAUGUGCUUGGCUUAUCGCUAGUGGGCAGUUUGAGGAAGCUAAGCAUAGCCUGGAGUAUUUUGGACACAGAAGAACAGAUUAUUCAGUAGGAAAUACAUUUCAAGGUGUUGAGACACCCAGCCAGAGUCGUUUUGUAGGUUACCUGGAACAAGUAUUCACAAAAUUGAAUGGGCGACUUCCAGCUGCUGUCUCUUAUCGCAUUAAAAACAUCAAGAUCGAUGGAAUAUCUGGUGUUGGUUUUGGAAAUGGAAGUGAUCUUUCGUUUGAGAUCAUCAUCAAUGGCAGUACUGUUUUUAAACUGGAUCUCUCAAACUGUCGCCAAGGACAGCUACAGCAUCUAAAAGAUCUUGACAAAUUAGUUAUCAUUCUCUAUGAGGCAGAGUCACCAACCCUUACGGGAGACGUGAAAAUGAAGUUUUACUCAUCACAUCAGAAUGUUCCUAAUGUAUACGACAAUUGUGCUUUCUUUUUUUGGUUUCACACAAGUUUCAUUGAGAAUUCCAGGUUGUUUCUUCGCCGGGGAGAGCUGGACAAUCCUCACAAACCCAAAACAUGGAAAACAUACAAAGAGAACUUUGCUGUUGAUAUAACAUUUACAAAACUUUAAUUAUUUUCCAGAUAAUUAGUGUAACCUGAGCCUUUUGGCAUAUUUUUUCAUUAUUAAAUCUUUUUACUGUAAAUUUUACGAUAAAUCAUGAAAGUAAAAUUUUGGGAAAUGCAUUUUUCAGGAAUAGCUACAUGUAUUUCUUAGAAUUUAAUAGGAUCUAGCAAAAUCUAGCUAAAAUGAAUGUUCACUCAUUACAACAAAAUAAAAAAAAACAAAUUUUCCAGCUUAGUAAUAAUUCAUGGAAUAAUGCUCUAUGAUACUGUAUAGUUCAUGUCACUUCAGUAAUGUUGAAAAGUUCCAUGAAUUCUACUGAUUACUUGUUAAGAAAACCUAGCAAAAUGCCAAAUGUAAUCUCUGAAGGAUAGCAUCCCAUCCAGGGGACACGGGGAUUAACAAUGCCUCUAGUUCUUUCAUGCUACAGAAAUCAGAGUUAAGUACUGGCAUUGAAUGAUAACCCUCAAAUCCAGAUUUCGCCAGUCACAAAACUGCUCUUAUGUCCUUUAAUUCUCUAUGUUGUGCCUGUAAAAGAGACAGCAAAUGCAUAGUAACCAUUCAAUGAUAUAUUUUGCAGCUAUUUUGAUAUAAGAAAAUAUUUUGUAAAUGGUUAGUCUCCAUUUUGAUUCAUGUUUUUAAGUGUUACUGGCCCACAGAAUAUGUAUACUAAU